AUGAAUUUAUCAGCGCUUUUCUUGUUGGUUUUUUUAAACGGUGGUUUUGGUUUUUAUUUGCCGGGGUUAGCUCCUGUAAAUUAUUGUGUCGAAGAAGAGUACCAAACUCACGGAUGUAAGUCUGAUAUACCAUUAUAUGUAAACAGGCUGAACACUGAGCAAAUCGUCCUUCCCUUUGAGUAUAAACACUUUGAUUUUUGUCUACCGAAUGAUGAUAGUAAAGCACCAGUUGAAAACCUUGGGCAAGUUGUUUUCGGAGAAAGAAUUCAACCUUCACCCUAUAAAAUAAAAUUUUUAAAAGAAGAAAAAUGUGUUCCUGUUUGUACAAAAACUUAUACAGCAGGAGUCAAAGAAGACAUAGAAAAACUUUUAUUCAUUAAAAAAGGAAUAAGUUUAAAUUAUCAACAUCAUUGGAUAGUUGACAACAUGCCUGUAACUUGGUGCCACAUGUUAGAGGGAGGUAAACAAUAUUGUAAUACAGGGUUCCCAAUGGGCUGCUUUGUUGGGAAGGGAUCAAGGGAAUGUAGUAUCGAUAAAUCCUACAGAGAACCAGAUACUUAUUACAUUACCAACCAUGUUGACUUGGUUAUUAGUUAUCACAGUGGAGAAAAAGAAGAAUGGGGUUCUUCAUUUAAAAGCAAGGGAGGUCGUAUCAUUUCUGUCAAAGUUACACCUCGAAGCAUACGUCAUAAGGACCCAAGACAUCCAGAUUGUUCUCUUUCAGCAGAACCCCUUUCAUUUAAAUUAAACACUCCAGAAAAAGGAACAAAUUUUAGUAUUACAUAUACUUACAAUGUUACAUUUCUGGAAAAUGAUAAAGUUAAAUGGUCAUCAAGAUGGGAUUACAUUCUGGAAUCAAUGCCCCACACGAAUAUUCAGUGGUUUAGUAUUUUAAAUUCAAUGGUUAUUGUAUUGUUUCUCUCCGGAAUGGUCGCCAUGAUUAUGUUACGAACACUUCAUAAAGAUAUUUCUAGAUAUAAUCAAAUCGAUUCAGGAGAGGAUGCACAAGAGGAAUUUGGUUGGAAAUUGGUUCACGGAGAUGUUUUUAGACCCCCGAGAAAAGGAAUGCUUUUAUCCGUAUUUUUAGGUUCUGGAACUCAAGUUUUUUGUAUGACACUAGUAACAUUGGCUUUCGCCUGCCUUGGAUUUCUCUCACCUGCAAAUAGAGGAGCGUUAAUGACUUGUGCACUUGUUCUCUAUGUUUGUUUGGGGACACCAGCCGGAUACGUAUCGUCGAGAAUCUACAAAAGCUUUGGUGGUGAUAAGUGGAAAUCUAACGUAUUACUUACUUCGAUGCUUGCUCCCGGAAUAGUUUUUGUUUUAUUUUUUGUCAUGGAUUUAGUUCUUUGGGGUGAAGGAAGUUCGGCUGCAGUGCCUUUUUCAACUUUAGUUGCUCUUUUAGCACUUUGGCUUUGCGUAUCAGUUCCCCUCACCUUUGUGGGAGCGUAUUUCGGUUUUACCAAAAGGCCCAUCGAACAUCCAGUUCGAACCAAUCAGAUUCCUAGACAGAUACCUGAUCAAAGUAUUUACACUCAACCAUUGCCGGGAGUCGUGAUGGGAGGUGUUUUACCCUUUGGUUGUAUAUUUAUUCAACUAUUUUUUAUUUUAAAUUCCCUAUGGUCGAGCCAAAUGUAUUAUAUGUUUGGAUUUUUAUUUCUCGUAUUUUUAAUAUUGGUAAUAACUUGUUCAGAAACAACAAUAUUAUUGUGUUACUUUCAUCUCUGUGCUGAGGAUUAUCAUUGGUGGUGGAGAAGUUUCUUAACGAGUGGUUUUACCGCAUUUUAUUUGUUUAUUUACUGCAUUCAUUACUUUGUAACAAAGCUAAGUAUUGAAGAUGCUGCGUCCACAUUUUUAUACUUUGGUUAUACCUUAAUCAUUGUAUUCCUUUUUUUCUUACUAACCGGCACAAUUGGAUUUUUUGCAUGUUUUUGGUUUGUUCGAAAAAUCUACAGCGUUGUAAAAGUAGAUUAA